UAUAAAAUGCAGGCGUGGUCCUCAUUCAAGUAUCAGUUGAUCAUCAACCAUCGAAAUACAGUUCUUCGGUCCUUUUUUGAGGUCUUUUCAAGAAACAACAACACUUAAAAUGGCAUCCAAAUUCUUGAUCUUAUGCGCCACUUUGGCUUAUGCCAACGCUGGAUUCCUAGCUCCGGCUCUCAGCUACAAUGCCGGCCCAGCACUAGCUUACAGUGCCCCAGCUGCAUACCCACUAUCAUAUUCCGCGCCCGCCAUCACCUCCCAAUCUUCCAACAUCUACCGCAGUGCAGGAAAUCUUGGUCAAAUCUCCACUUACUCCAAGUCCAUCGAUACUCCAUUCUCCAGUGUUAGGAAAGCCGACGUCAGAAUCUCCAACCCCGGAUUGAAGGUUGCCUCUGGACCAAUUUUGGCUUACAACGCACCUGCUGCUUAUGCUGCACCAGCCGCUUAUGCUGCACCAGCCGCUUAUGCUGCACCAGCCGCUUAUGCUGCUCAAGCAGCAUAUGCCGCUCCAGCUCCUUAUGCUGCGCACGCUCCUCUUUUGGGAGUAGCUUACUCAGCUGCGCCAGCUGUUGCCCACGUUACCUUCGAUUCUGGUUUAGCCCACUACGCUUGGUAGAAACUGACUGUUUUUUUUUGACUGUUGUUAAUUUAAAUAUGGACUGUAUUUAUUUUUAUUUAUUUAAUAAAACAUAUCUGAA